UGUAGUCAGCUGCACCGUAUGGGUCGGUUGUGGUGGCAUUGUGGGCAAAACAAGAUAAAAACAUCCCAAACGUGUACGUGCGAAAAAAUUUCAAUAAUCGAGGAAGUUGGACAGAGGACAACCUUAAAAAUGCUGUGGCAGCAGUUAAAGAUGGUUUAAUGUCCGUUAGCAAAGCUUCUUUAUCAUUUCAAAUUCCUCGCAAGACCUUGGAAAGAAGGCUUAAACAGAAUAACGAUAAAAAAGGGAAGCUGGGCCCUGAUUCUUUGUUGGGUACUUCCAAUGAGAUGAGGUUGG